UACCACUACAGACGGGUAGAGACACCAGUGCUUCCCCCAGUGUUGGUCCCCCGCCACAGUGAGUUUAACCCCCAGCACAGUCUACUGGCUAAAUUCCGGAAUGCCUCGCUCCACAACGAGCCCCUGAUGCCCCAGAACGCUACAUACCCGGACUCCUUCCCUCCUCUCCCUUGCGCCUCCUUUUCUUCCACCUCCUCAUCCUCUCUCACCCAGUCCCCCACCUCCGCCAGCUACCCCAACUCUCCCAGCAGCUCAGCCGAACCUACCAGCCCCUACCACAUCACAGAGACCCCACCUCCCCCCUAUAGCAUGAUGGAGACAGUCCCAACUGAGGAUGUCAAGCCUGGAGACUCCACACACAAGCUCACCUUCUCAGCUCCGCACAUAGAUCUGCGGCCUGUGUGUUAUGAGGAGCCAGAGUACUGGUGUUCAGUGGCGUACUACGAGCUGAAUAAUCGUGUUGGAGAGACGUUCCACGCCUCGUCCCGUAGUGUCCUGGUGGACGGCUUCACCGACCCCUCCAACAACAAGAACCGCUUCUGUCUCGGCCUGUUGUCUAACGUCAACCGCAACUCAACCAUCGAACACACACGCAGGCACAUAGGAAAAGGUGUCCAUCUCUACUACGUGGGUGGUGAGGUGUACGCCGAGUGUCUGAGUGACAGCAGUAUCUUCGUCCAGAGUCGUAACUGUAACUAUCAGCAUGGUUUCCAUGCCACCACCGUGUGUAAGAUCCCCAGCGGCUGUAGUCUGAAGAUCUUCAACAACCAGCUGUUCGCCGAGCUCCUCUCUCAGUCCGUCAACCACGGCUUCGAGGUGGUCUACGAACUCACCAAGAUGUGUACUAUACGCAUGAGCUUUGUCAAGGGCUGGGGUGCAGAGUACCACCGACAGGAUGUCACCAGCACCCCCUGCUGGAUAGAGGUGCACCUGCACGGCCCUCUGCAGUGGCUGGACAAAGUCCUCACACAGAUGGGCUCUCCUCAUAACCCCAUCUCCUCCGUGUCCUAACACAUACAUACACACACAGAUGUGGUCUGUCCUAAAACAUACACACACACACACAUAUCCUCUGUAUCCUGACACACACACACAUCUUAAUGGAUCUAUGCUUAUCUCGACUGACGCUAUUGAAAUAGCAGCCUUUUCUUCCUGACAGGAAUCAACCGUCACUUAACAUUACGAAUGUUAUUGAAGUUGAUGACAAUCAAUCAUACAUACAGAAGUUACUGUAGCUUUCAGUUAGUCAAUGUAAAAUGUGUCAGUGAUGCAGAUGCCUAUAUUGCAUUGUUUUAGCUACUCUGCUGUCUAGUUUUACUGUACGGGCGCUAUCCAGCGUCAACCGACAACGCUAUAUCCGUUUCAUUGUGUUUUCUUUGUUUAGGUGAUGUCAGAGGUGUGUAACUGUGAUGGGAGCUGUCUAAAAUAACACAUCUUUAAUCAAUCCCACCUGCGUUAGAAGUUCAGAACGAGAAAAGUGUAGGCUAUAGUUGAAAUAAUAAUAACACUGAAAUGAAGCAAUUAUAAGGAUUUUUACAUCAGCCAAUCGAGGCGUAGAUUACAACAAGCGAUCCAGUGUUCCAACUUGUAACACGGCUACAUGAGGUCAUUACUAGUGCAACUAGACGCAUUCAAAGGCAAUGUCCUGCACAGGUACAACGCCGGGAGCCCGUUGCUGCUUCGGCAGCUCCAACGCGGUACACCUCUCCCACAACGCCUAAACAAAAAACAAUGAUGCUGCGAGGCAGUUGUGGGUUAAGGCAGAAUGGAUUUAAUCUAGCCCUUCAGUGUCAUUAGACUGUGGUUUCAACUAUCAUUCAAUCACCUUUUUGUUCACUGUAAUCUACAGAUACUGUAUUCAACCACACAGCUCAGUUUAAAUACUCUUUAACUCACUCAAAGACAGUGUUGUGUGCCCCCUAUGGCCCCCUAUUCCCUAUAUAGUGCACUACAUUAGACCAGAGCCCUAUGGCACCCUAUUCCCUAUAUAGUGCACUACAUUAGACCAGAGACCUAUGGCACCCUAUUCCCUAUAUAGUGCACUACAUUAGACCAGAGCCCUAUGGCACCCUAUUCCCUAUAUAGUGCACUACCUUAGACCAGAGCCCUAUGGCACCUUAUGGCACCCUAUUCCCUAUAUAGUGCACUACAUUAGACCAGAUCCCUAUUCCCUAUAUACUGCACUACUUUAGACCAGAGCCCUAUAGCACCCUAUUCCCUAUAUAGUGCACUACUUUAGACCAGAGCACUAUUUCCUAUAUAGUGCACUACUUUAGACCAGAGCCCUAUGGCACCCUAUUCCCUAUAUAGUUCACUACUUUAGACCAGAGCGCUAUAGCACCCUAUUCCUGAUAUAGUGCACUACUUUAGACCAGAGCACUAUUCCCUAUAUAGUACACUACUUUAGACCAGAGCUCUAUGGCACCCUAUUCCCUAUAUAUAGUGCACUACUUUAGACCAGAGCCCUAUGGCACCCUAUUCCCUAUAUAGUGCACUACAUUAGACCAGAGCCCUAUGGCAUCCUAUUCCCUAUAUAGUGCAGUACAUUAGACCAGAGCCCUAUGGCACCCUAUUCCCUAUAUAGUGCACUACAUUAGACCAGAGCCCUAUGGCACCCUAUUCCCUAUAUAGUGCACUACAUUAGACCAGAGCCCUAUGGCACCCUAUUCCCUAUAUAGUGCACUACAUUAGACCAGAGCCCUAUGGCACCCUAUUCCCUAUAUAGUGCACUACCUUAGACCAGAGCCCUAUGGCACCCUAUUCCCUAUAUAGUGCACUACAUUAGACCAGAUCCCUAUUCCCUAUAUACUGCACUACUUUAGACCAGAGCCCUAUAGCACCCUAUUCCCUAUAUAGUGCACUACUUUAGACCAGAGCACUAUUUCCUAUAUAGUGCACUACUUUAGACCAGAGCCCUAUGGCACCCUAUUCCCUAUAUAGUUCACUACUUUAGACCAGAGCGCUAUAGCACCCUAUUCCUGAUAUAGUGCACUACUUUAGACCAGAGCACUAUUCCCUAUAUAGUACACUACUUUAGACCAGAGCUCUAUGGCACCCUAUUCCCUAUAUAUAGUGCACUACUUUAGACCAGAGCCCUAUGGCACCCUAUUCCCUAUAUAGUGCACUACAUUAGACCAGAGCCCUAUGGCAUCCUAUUCCCUAUAUAGUGCAGUACAUUAGACCAGAGCCCUAUGGCACCCUAUUCCCUAUAUAGUGCACUACAUUAGACCAGAGCCCUAUGGCACCCUAUUCCCUAUAUAGUGCACUACAUUAGACCAGAGCCCUAUGGCACCCUAUUCCCUAUAUAGUGCACUACAUUAGACCAGAGCCCUAUGGCACCCUAUUCCCUAUAUAGUGCAGUAGGGUAGCAUUUGAGAUCAAAGGAAACAGUAGUUACUAAUAGAUACGUAUAUGUCAGUGUAUAAAAUUGUGUUUUUGGAAACAUUAUAAACAUUAUAAACAUUA